AUGGCUGAGCCCGACUACUCCGACCUGAUCGCCAAACACUACAACUACACCGGCAAGUUCCGAAAGACGCAGCAGGACUCGGGCCUGAAGGCCGACUCGGUGGUCUUCAUCAUCGUGUGCUGCUUCAUCAUCCUGGAGAACAUCCUGGUCUUGACCACCAUCUGGAGGACCAAGAAGUUCCACAAGCCCAUGUACUACUUCAUCGGGAACCUGGCGCUGUCGGACCUGCUGGCCGGCGUCGUGUACACCGCCAACAUCCUGCUGUCCGGCGCCAACACCUACAAGCUGACUCCGACGCAGUGGUUCAUCCGGGAGGGCAGCAUGUUCGUGGCUCUGGCGGCGUCCGUCUUCAGCCUGCUGGCCAUCGCCAUCGAGCGCCACCUCACCAUGCUGCAGAUGAAGCUGCACAACAACGGAAACACGUGCCGCGUCUUCCUGCUCAUCAGCGCUGUGUGGAUGGUGGCGGCGGUGCUGGGCGGCCUGCCGGUGAUGGGCUGGAACUGCAUCCGCAGCGUUACGCGCUGCUCCACGGUGCUGCCGCUCUACCACAAGACCUACAUCCUGUUCUGCACCACAGUCUUCAGCAUCAUCCUCAUGGCCAUUGUGGUGCUCUACGCCCGCAUCUACGCGCUGGUUCGCACGCGCAGCCGCAAACUCGUCUUCCGCAAAGUGACCAACGGCCGCGGCAGCGCCGGCGCCAACAUCAAGAGCUCGGAGAAGUCCAUGGCGCUGCUGAAGACCGUCAUCAUCGUCCUGAGCUGCUUCAUCGCCUGCUGGGCGCCGCUCUUCAUCCUCCUGCUGCUGGACGCCGCGUGCGAGACGCUGAGCUGCCCGAUCCUCUACAAGGCCGAGUGGUUCCUGGCGCUCGCCGUCCUAAACUCCGCCAUGAACCCGCUCAUCUACACGCUGACCAGCAACGAGAUGCGCCGUGCAUUCCUCAAGACGCUGCUCUGCUGCACCGCCUGCCUGCGGCCCAACGCCAAGUCCAGCGGGCCCAUCAUGGGGGCGGAGUUCAGCCGCAGCAGGUCGGAUAACUCCUCCCACCCCAACAAGGAGGAGGCAGAGUAUUCGCCGAGGGAGACGACCUCGGGACGCGUCACCUCGUCCUCCUAA